ACCAAUACGAUUAACUUAGAAAUCAUCUUGUGGGGGCGCAUAUGGCGAUGCAAACUGUUUAUCUGAAAGAACAUGAAGGAAAUGCCGCGAAUUUUGUGGGGGCCUUGUCAUCUGCAGGUUCAGGACCCUGGUGGGGUGGUUUUGGAUCUCAAGGUGUUCGGGGUGAGUCUUGUGGCCAAAUGAAACCCUUUUCAUUGGAGCUUCCGAACUGCAUAAACCAUCAUGCUGCCAAUAAGCCUUCUGCAAGAGGAGCUGAACAAGUGUUGGGCAAAGGACACACAACUCAGUUUACCAUCUUUCCAGAUGAUUGUAAAAUGUCAGAUGAUGCGCAAACGCUUCAGACAACCAUAUCACUGCAGCCAUCACUAGCUGACUCUCACUCUCGUUUUGAGAUAGGAUUUAGUCAGCCCAUGAUAUGUGCAAAAUAUCCUUAUACGGAUCAAUUUUAUGGGCUCUUCUCAGCUUAUGCACCUCAAAUUUCGGGACGUAUAAUGCUGCCACUUAACAUGACAUCUGAUGAUGGACCAAUUUACGUAAAUGCUAAGCAGUACCAUGGAAUCAUUAGGCGUAGGCAGUCCCGUGCCAAAGCUGUACUUCAUCACAAAUUGACUAAACGUCGCAAGCCUUAUAUGCAUGAAUCACGCCAUCUCCAUGCAAUGCGGCGACCAAGAGGAUGUGGAGGUCGCUUCUUGAACACCAGGAAAUCUGGUAAUGGAAAUGGCAAAACUGACAAUGAAGUGCAUGAAACUGUUGGUGAACAAUUUCAUUCCGGUGGUUCUCAGAGUUCUGAAUUCCUUCAGUCUGAGGCUGGAACUUUGAAUUCAUCAAAAGAGACUAAUGGCAGCAGUCCAAAUAUUUCUGGCUCAGAAGUGACUAGCAUGUAUUCGCACAGAUUUUCCCUCAAUCAUUUUGGAUCUUCUGUCCACACUCUUGUAGACAUGAUAGAUGGUGGGCGUGGAAUGAUCAUACCCCCCAAAUGGGCUGCAGCAGCAGGAAACUGCUGCAACCUUAAAGUCUGACAGAAAAAGAAAGAAGGGUGGGUUUGGUUCAGUGCUGCAUCAAACCCAUCCUUCAUGAGACCAGAUGAAGAAGCUUUGUUUCAGUUGGGUGUGUUGACUGUGACAAGUUUCGUUGUGUAGGAUCGUCCUAACAUCUGGUCUAGGCAAUCCAUCCUUGGCUCAUAUACUUUGGCAAUCCAUCCUUGGCUCAUUUAGGCAACUCAUCCUUGGCUCAAUGUACCUGUACUAAUUUGUCUUUGUGCAUGGGAGUAGAGUGUCUUUGGCAUGCUACAAACUAAAGACUUCAUACCCUGAUGGAGAAGACAACUGUGUGUCUUUGUGUGAAAAUAAAACCAUGAAACUCUAGUUAUGUGUGUUUCUGCCAAGUCUAAACUUGGUUUUGUACUUUGUAUUUUGUAUUUAGGAACUAUGUAUUUGCAGAACUUUGACCUGUGGUCUUUGUUAAAACAAGGCACUGGUGUUGUGAUAAAAUUUCCAUCGUGACUUCUGGUUCGGUUCAGUGUUUCAAGAUUUCCUUUGAGAAGAGAAAGAAACAUGGCUUGUUAGAUGCAACAGUAAAACUUGUGUUUUGCUCAGUUUAAUUCGAUUUUCAUUCUUGUAAUGAUUUUUAGUUUAA